GUUCCUUCAGAGAAAUCGGAAUCCUUUGCAUCCAUGUUGAGACGCUCUCCUUUAAUUCAGAUGGGACCUGCCAAAGAUAAAAUUGCCAUUGGUCGAAUAUUCCAUGUUGUAGAAGAUGAUCUUUAUAUAGAUUUUGGUGGCAAGUUUCACUGUGUGUGCAAGAGACCAGAAGUAGAUGGAAAAAAAUAUCAGAGAGGAACCCGAGUACGUCUGAGACUGCUGGAUCUGGAACUCACGGCUAGGUUCCUGGGUGCAACAACUGAUACAACUUUGCUGGAAGCUGAUGCAGUGCUUUUAGGGCUCGUCGAAAGCAGGAAAACAAAGCAAAAGGAGUAAAUUUCAUGUAAAUAAAUGCACUUUGUGCUCUAGAGCAAAUUAUAUAAGUGAAAUGUUUCCUCAGGAAAUAAAUGAAAAAUUUCUGUCUGCUUGGUUAUGUAAAUAACGAGAUCAAUAAAAGACAAUAUGCACAUCAUACCU